AGUACAAUCAAACACAAUUACAAACUCCUCUUCUGUUCUCUCCUCCUUUUCAACACAAAAAUACUCAUAAUCUUUAGCCAAAUAUACACAGCAAGAAGCAUGAUCAAGCUGUUUGGUAUGACGAUUCGUUCCAUCCCUAAUGAGGAAGAUGAUAUUCAGCUUAGUUCUUCCACGACUACUGCAACUUCUGUCAAUACCAAGGAUCCAGCUCAAGUUAAUAAUGAAGAAUCCAUCAGCGUGGAUGAAGUAGUUGAGCAGGCCAAGGAGGAGCCUACAACACCGAAUUUCGAUGAAGAAAUUACUAUCCCUGAGGGGGAUGGUACCACAAGAUCAUCAGAAAGAAGUGAAGACCCUGAGAGAUCAACUGUUGACAAAGAAACCUCGGUGUUGAAUACUAAUGAGAAGGAAGAUCCUAGUGACACCAGUAAUUCUGAUGAAAAGUCUUUGGGAAAGCCUGACAAACUACUUCCAUGUCCACGGUGUUGUAGCAUGGACACAAAAUUUUGUUACUACAACAAUUAUAAUGUUAGCCAGCCACGCCAUUUCUGCAAAAAGUGUCAGAGAUACUGGACCGCUGGAGGAACAAUGAGAAGUGUGCCUGUGGGUUCUGGUCGUCGCAAAAGCAAAUGCUCCCCUGCAUCAAAAUAUCAUCAGAUGAUAAUUACAGAAGCCCUCCAAGCUGCACGAGUUGCUUCUGCAAAUGGGAUCUACCAACCGAAUGGAAGCUUACUAGCAUUUGGAUCGGAUUCAGCCCAGUGUGAAAAUACUUCUUCAGCACCGAUCCAUAAGAGAAAAUCAGAAAAUUGUGUUAGAAACAAUAGUUUUGAAGAGACUGAUGAUGGUAAUUCAAGUGGAUCUUCUAGCACUGUUUUAAAUCCAAAUGAAAAGGUAUUAUGUGUGAGACCGAAAUUGAAGAAUAAUCAGCAAUCUCCCUCGCAAUUGUCAUGCUUCCCUGUGCCUCCCUGGGCUAGUCCAUGGAACACUGCUGAGUGGAGGUCUGCAACGCAACAACCUGCUUUCUGCCCUCCAGGGUUUCCUACAUCAUUUUACCCAACACCGUCUUAUUGGGCUUGUACUGCUCCGAACCCUUGGAAUAUGCCAUGGUUAUCUCCACAAUGUUCUUCUGGCGAGCUCUCAAACCCUGAGAAAUUACCCCUAGAGGAUCAAGAUUUGAGGCGAGGGGUUUUGACUCCCAAGACUUUGAGGAUUCAUGAUCCAAUUGAAGCCGCUCAAAGUUCUAUAUGGUCAACACUAGGAAUCAAGAAUGAACACACAAAACAAGCAAAUGACGCAAGUCUUCAUGAGGCCUCUGCCGCAAAGGGAGUUCAGAGAUAUCAUAUGACCAAAGCAGCUAUGGUUUUGCAAGCAAACCCUGCAGCCUUGCAUCGGUCAUAUAACUUUCUCGAGACCGCCUAAGAGCUGAAACAGGGCUCAAACUAUACAACAUUGUCAUCAAUGUUGCUCUUUUUGCCUAGUAGAUAGAUGUUCAUGUUUGUCAGCAAGUUUGGAUACAUAUGGCUUUGUGUUAUAUACAGUUUAUAACCUAGAUAAGCGCAGAUGAUUUUGAAUAGA